AUGGCUGACGGUGUUUUCCAGGGUGCUAUUGGUAUCGAUUUAGGUACUACUUAUUCUUGUGUCGCUACCUACGACUCAGCAGUUGAAAUUAUUGCCAAUGAGCAAGGUAAUAGAGUUACUCCUUCUUUUGUCGCUUUCACUAGCGAAGAAAGAUUAAUUGGUGAUGCAGCAAAGAACCAAGCAGCUUUGAACCCAAAGAAUACCGUUUUUGACGCUAAGCGUUUGAUUGGUAGAGCUUUUGACGACGAGUCUGUUCAAAAAGAUAUCAAGUCAUGGCCUUUUACCGUUACCAACCAAAAUGGUCAACCACAAAUUGAAGUUGAGUAUUUGGGAGAAACCAAAACUUUUUCUCCUCAGGAAAUUUCAUCCAUGGUUUUAACCAAGAUGAAGGAAAUUGCUGAAGCUAAAAUUGGUAAAAAAGUCGAAAAGGCUGUUAUUACUGUUCCUGCUUAUUUCAAUGAUGCUCAAAGACAAGCCACUAAGGAUGCUGGUGCCAUCGCUGGUUUGAACGUUUUGAGAAUCAUUAACGAGCCUACCGCUGCUGCUAUUGCUUAUGGUUUAGGUGCCGGUAAAUCAGAAAAAGAAAGACACGUUUUGAUUUUCGAUUUGGGUGGUGGUACUUUUGAUGUUUCAUUAUUGAACAUUACUGGUGGUGUUUUCACCGUUAAGGCUACCGCUGGUGACACUCACUUGGGUGGUCAAGAUUUCGAUACUAAUUUAUUAGAGCACUUUCAAAAAGAAUUCCAGAAAAAGACUGGUUCCGAUAUCUCGGGUGAUGCUAGAGCUUUAAGAAGAUUAAGAACUGCUUGUGAAAGAGCAAAGAGAUCUUUAUCUUCAGGUACUCAAACCACUGUUGAAAUCGACUCAUUGUUUGAUGGACACGACUUUUCAGCCAACAUUACCAGAGCUAGAUUCGAAGAUAUUAAUUCUGCUUUGUUCAAAUCAACAUUGGAACCUGUUGAACAAGUGUUGAAAGAUGCCAAGAUCAACAAGAGCCAAGUUGACGAAGUCGUUCUUGUUGGUGGUUCCACUAGAAUUCCAAAAGUUCAAAAACUAUUAUCAGAUUUCUUUGACGGUAAACAAUUGGAAAAAUCCAUCAACCCAGAUGAAGCCGUUGCUUAUGGUGCUGCCGUUCAAGGUGCUAUCUUGACCGGUCAAUCCACUAAUGAUGAAACAAAAGACUUGUUGUUAUUGGAUGUUAUUCCAUUGUCUCUUGGUGUUGCUAUGCAAGGUAACGUUUUCGCUCCAGUUGUCCCAAGAAACACCACUGUUCCAACCAUCAAAAGAAGAACCUUCACUACUGUUGCUGACCACCAAACCACAGUUCAAUUCCCAGUUUACCAAGGUGAACGUGUUAACUGUUCAGAGAACACCUUGUUGGGUGAAUUUGAUUUGAAAAACAUUCCACCUAUGCAAGCUGGUGAACCAGUAUUGGAAGCUAUUUUCGAAGUUGAUGCUAAUGGUAUCUUGAAGGUUACUGCUGUUGAAAAAUCCACAGGCAGAUCAGCCAACAUUACCAUCUCCAACUCCAUUGGUAGAUUAUCUACAGAAGAAAUUGAAAAAAUGAUUAGCGAUGCUGAAAAAUUCAAAUCAUCUGAUGACGCUUUUGCAAAGAGACACGAACAAAAACAAAAAUUAGAAGCUUAUGUUGCCUCUGUUGAAUCCACUGUUACCGACCCAGUCUUGAGUGCCAAAAUGAAAAAAUCGGCAAAAGACAAGAUUGAAACUGCAUUAUCUGAAGCUUUGCAAACUUUGGAAAUUGAAGAUUCUUCUGCUGAUGAUUACAGAAAGGCUGAGUUAACUUUGAAAAGAGCCGUUACUAAAGGUAUGGCUACUCGUUAA